AUGCCCCGGAGGAGCGGGCUCUCUACUUAUAUAGACACAUGCCACAUACUAAGGGGAUCUCUGUGCACUUGUGCUUUGCACCUUACAUUACUGGACAUAUCUAGCACAUUACUGUAAGGACUGGAACAAAUCCUUUAUUUCUUUAUCUUAUACAACGCGGGAGAUUCGAAAAGCAAAAUGCGCUGUUUGCAUCUUUCUCCUGCUAUCUGUGCUAUCUGCAAUACAGGGGAGAUCUGCUGCAGCGCCGGUCAGGGGCCCCUGGUAUGGGAGCCAACUGCUCUGCUUGGUGGGGACAGGAGCUGCUAGCUAACAAGGCAAAAGAUGACGCUAGAUAUGGAGAAGUGCACUGGUGCCAAUGUCUAUACCAAAGUGCCUGACGGAGGCUGGGGAUGGGUGGUGGCAGUGGCAUUUUUCUUCGUGGAAGUAUUCACGUAUGGGGUCAUCAAGUCUUUUGGAGUCUUCUUCAAAGAUCUUAUGGUUUACUUUGACGAGAGUAACAGCAGGAUAUCAUGGAUUAUAUCUAUCUGUCUUUUUGUUCUUACAUUCACAGCUCCCCUCUCUACGGUUCUGAGUAACCGAUUUGGGCACAGGCCGGUGGUUAUGCUUGGGGGUUUCCUUAUCAGCCUGGGAAUGAUCAUGGCUUCCUUUGCACGCAAUAUUGUGGAGAUGUAUGUCACUAUUGGUGUGGUGUCUGGUCUUGGAUACUGUCUCAGCUUCCUUCCCACCGUCACCAUCUUGUCACAGUACUUUGACAAGCGCCGCUCACUGGUCACUGCUGUCGCUUCUACUGGAGAAUGUUUCGCUGUUUUUGCCUUUGCCCCAGCCAUCACUGCGUUAAAUGACCAAGUUGGUUGGAGAUAUUGUCUACUGACAGUCGGGGCUCUUCAGCUGAAUAUUGUAGUAUGUGGUGCCUUACUCAGGCCAAUAGUCAUCAAGCCCCAGGAAGAAGCCAAAGAACCUCCAAAGACAGAAAACCUGGAGAUGACCUACAUGCUUGAAAAUGAGCAGACACUCACAUCCUUAGACUCCAUAGACUCUGGAGUCGAAGUAUCUACCUCACCUAAGAAUGGUCCAGUCAAUGUGAAACUUGAAAAGUGCACAGAAGUAAUAGACAAAAAUGAGAUGGACGAGAAGGUGGAAAUAGACGAGAAAAAAACACCACCUCUUCUAGAUUUUUCGGUAUUAAAAAAUUCCAGUUUUAUAUGCUAUGCACUUUUUGGCCUCUUUGCCACACUGGGGUUCUUUGCCCCAUCACUGUACAUCAUUCCCCUCAGUCUGAGCCUAGGUAUAGACAAGGACUUGUCUGCAUACAUGCUGUCAGCUAUGGCCAUCGCAGAGGUCUUUGGAAGGAUUGGUGCUGGUUGGAUUCUCAACAAGAAGCCCAUCCGCAAGAUCUACAUAGAACUUAUCUUUGUCAUCCUCUUGUGUCUAGCCAUGAUAGCUUUCCCCUUUGCUCACAACUUUUGGGGACUUGUGGUGUGUAGUGUCUUCUUUGGAUGCAUGUUGGGGACAGUUACCGGUACUCACAUUCCAAUGGUGGCAGAAGACGACCUUGUUGGAAUCGAGAAAAUGUCAUCUGGGGUUGGAGUCUAUAUAUUCAUUCAGAGCAUUGCAGGGUUGGCUGGACCACCACUUGGAGGAGUGCUGGUAGACUGGACUCAGAACUACGGCUCUGCAUUCUACUCGUGUGCUGUUGGGAUGGCUCUGGGGGCGAUAUUUCUGGCCUUGGUGAGGCCGUGCAAGACAAGACCUUGCUGGAGAAAGAAAACCAAUCUAUGCCACGAAACACCAGAAAUGCCAGUCGAUUUUCUGGAGAUGGACAUGGGCAGAGGCGAGGGACUAAGCAAAAGCUACCAAAGCCUCAAUGGGUCACCGUGCCAUGCAAUGCCAUAAAUAUCCCUCCCCCUCAAAAUGCAGACUAGCGCAUCUAUUAUACAGAAAACAGGAUCGUCAAAUAACACAAAAAGGGAAUGUAAAACUUGCAAUGUGAAUUGUGCUUCUGGACCUGAAGGAGAAGAGGGGGGAAGAAGUCCAUUCCACUUACAUUCAAACAAGGGUAUUAUUCUCAAAGACUGCAUGCAGGGUAGUUGUCUUUCACGUUUUCCUCUGCACUCUGUCCUUUAUCAGCUGAGUACACAAUAUCUCGCACUACAAAACCACAACACCUACAAAGUAACAAAUGCAACAUUGUACAGCCAAGAUAUUGCUGCAACUGUCUCUAAUCACUGAAUUGAUUGCCUACUUUGUUUUGUUGUUUAAUGCAAACCAAAUAUUUAUUCUAUUAUUUUAGAAGAUGCUGCUGUCAACUGGUUAGGGUAUUGCUAGACAGAAAAAUCAUUUAAGCAGGGUUAUAUAUUUCUGUAGGAACAUUGAAAGCAAUUCCUAUAGUGCCUCAGGACUUUUUUCUAUUAGUAUUUAAAUACAAACCCAGUUACAAGGGCGAAUGAAUGUCGUUCUGACAAAAUGUGUCUUAGAAUAAAAACAAUUUUCUGAUACACAAAGAAA